AUGGCAAAACUGAUCGCUACCGCCUGCAGUAUUUUCUUCCUAUUGACACUGGCGCAUGGUGAAACGCCGCUAGGAGUUGUCAUUUGGCACGGAAUGGGUGAUACUGGAGCAAGUGGCGCAAUCGUCCAUUUAUCUAAUAUCAUAAGAGAGGAAAUACCCGGCAUCUUCGUUUUGGAUUUACUUAUCGGCGGAUCGUCAUUAAUAGAUCGUCUCAACACCUACUUUAUGCCCAUUAACAAACAACUGGCAAGGGCAUGCGAAAUUGUGCACUCGAACAAGAACCUGUCACAGGGAUUUCACCUUAUUGGCUUCUCACAGGGUGGCUUGUUUGUGCGCGCCCUAGUACAGCGCUGCCCACCCGCAAAGGUUGGCUCAGUCAUCUCCAUUGGCGGACCCCAGGAAGGUGUCUUUGGUCUCCCCUCCUGUCCUGACACAUCGGCGCGCAUUUUCUGUGACACCAUCAGGUCCAUCCUAACGCGGGUUGCCUAUGUGGACUUCAUUCAGUCUCGGUAUGUCUUGCACCUACAUCUCUAG